AUUUCUGUUUCUCCCUACCGUCUUCUAACACUGAACCGAGACAGCACCAGCUCCGACAUUGAUUUCAAUGGCCCAAUCAUCAUCAGAUCCCUCUGCUUUUUCUGAUUUAUGAUUUUCUCUCUAUCUGCUCCUUUGUUUCAUGGCGAUCGCAGCUGCUUCUUCCCUUUCCCUCGGUCCCGUCCAUUAUCAUUUAUCUCAAGUAGAAGGGAUUGCUAGCAGUUGGAUGAAAACUGCAUUUGAUGGCUGCAAAGCUCCAGAUUUUUCAGGCAUAAGUUUCAAAAGCAGGAAUAAAAUUUUCGGAUCAACACAGUUUCAUUGGUUAUCCAUUGGCCGUGAACUUAGCCCUUCAAAAGUUUCAGUUGCUGCAGAUUAUUCAGAUUCGGUUCCUGAUUCAUCUAAUUAUAUAAGUAACCAAGGUUACCAUCCUCUUGAAGAACUGAAAGUUCGCAAAAGGAUCCGGGAAACUAAACUUUCAAUGGCCGAAAUAGCGAGAACAACUGUUGAGGCAAACAGCACUGCAUUGCUUGUCUUUCCUGGGACAGUACACGCUGAGCCUCAUGAACAAAUUUCAUGGGCUGAAUUUCCAUAUUUGAUCGAUGAUUAUGGAGAUAUCUUUUUUGAAAUUUUUGAUGAUGAGAACAUCAUACAAGAUCGUGGGGCAAGUAAUCCUGUGAAUGCUUUGAUUGGGAUGGACUUUUCAAUGUAUGAGAAUAAAGAGGUGGUUGAUGGAUUUAACAUCUCAGAUAUGGGCAAUGGUGGGAUUCCUUUUGAUGAUGAUUAUUUUGAGGUUCUGGAUACUGAAGGAUCUGAUGCAUCAGUUGACUGGGGGAUGCCAGAAACUUCGAAAUUGGUUCAUCCUGUUUAUUUCGCCAAGUGCUUGACAAAGGCUGUGGACAUGGAAUAUGAUAAAAAAAUGGACCAUCCAUCAAAUGGUGUUUCUAUUAUAGGUUGCCUUCGACCUGCCUUUGCAGAUGAAGCAUUAUAUUUAAGAAGGUUAUUUCACUUUGAAGAAAGUGAUGGCUAUGCCUCAGACUCCAAAGAGGAUGAAUUUUUGAGCCUAAGAUCCAAAAUGGAUGGAAGCAAAUGUAGCUCUACUCUCUACCGAUUGGAGAUAAUAAAAAUGGAGCUAUUUUCUGUCUAUGGUGUUCAGGCAAGUGAUUUAUACAGGGCUAAAUUUUUAAGCGUCUAUUUUCUAUAUUUGCAGUCCUCAAUUAGCUUGGAAGAUUAUCAAGAUGCUGAGCCUGAUGUCCUUGUUCACUCUACUUCAGCAAUUUUGGAGCACUUCAAUGAGAAAGAAAUUAGAUGCAAUGUUGCUCUUAAAGCCCUAUGCAAGAAAAAGGGUAUCCAGGUAGAGGGAGCUAGGUUGAUUGGGGUUGAUAGUCUUGGAAUGGAUGUAAGAGUUUUCUCUGGACUGGAAGUGAGGACUCAUCGUUUUCCUUUCAAAGUUCAGGCCAUGUCUGAAACUGCAGCCAAGAAGCAGAUCCGGCAACUGCUGUUCCCCAGAUCUCGCAGAAAGAAAUUUAGAACUUACAGUGAUGGACUCAGAGACACAAGCUCCUUCUAACUUCCGUGUUUCAUUCUGAUGAAUGGACAACCUAAAUGUGGAAGGUUCUUUGCACCAACAUUUUUGUAUCAUUAGUUUGACCAGAGGCAGACACAUUUGGCGCUAUAAAUAAAAUCGAGUUCAAGAGAAGCACUUUUUCUGAAGGGUAUAGGAGUACGAGUGGCUGAGUUGCUGCAAUGGCAAGCAGUGUUUCCGUAGAAUUGUUCAAAAAGCAUUGUUAUAUGGAAUUGAAAUAAUGUUAUUUUUAAGUCAAAAAGAGCUGUCGAUUGUAGAAUUAAGAAGCUAUUCUAGAAGUGGAGCAAAACAUCAGUUACCAAGUGCAUAUUCCGGACCUAAGCUCUAGGUGAUCUUUGUUGUACAUAGUGAAAUAAGCAGGCUUUACUAGGCAAAAUAAUGAAAUCUGCGUUGAAUUGCAGCUAGCUGUGCCUGGCUUGUUUGAUACAAAUAUGAGGUCAUCAUUAUUAUAGAAAUGGAGUCAAUGUUCUUCCAUUCUUAUUUUCAGGGCAAGGUUGAAUUGACAAGGUUUUCCAUCUCUUAUUCACAACAACAACGAAAGUGAAAUUUGAUACUAAAUCGCUUGGAUUCCAAUAAAGCCUUGGUGCACUGUGGUAAGAGAUUUUGAAACCUGAUUAAGGUUUUAAGUAUUGAGUCUUGCCAUGUAGGUUUAGUUCAACUUUAUAGGAGUUUGUAUAAUUCGUAAUUUAGCUUAGUAGUUAGUUUGCAUGGUGAGUUUGUGAUAAGCUAAUUGGUUGAGAUGUAUUAGAUGUCAUCAUAAAUUGUACUUGCAUAA